UCACACUGCUGCACACAUAUACGCGAAUUUUUCGCUGCACAAAUUUCUACAUUUAACAUAAAAAUAACACCAAUUAAUAAAAAACAACCAGGUGCACAAUACGCUUACAAGUGCCGGCCACAAUUGUAAAUAACGAAUUGUUGCAAACCCACCCGCGAUAGUGCGCCAAUCACGUGAUGAAAAUACGAUUGAAAAUCGCCCUCGUCCGUGAAAUGUGAUAUAGUUUUCAUCCAAUUGGGUGGGAAAUUGGCUGAAUAUAUUAGACUGUGACUGCCAAAUCGAGUGCCGCGCCAGUGUUGUGAUCAGUGGAACACCGCAAGCCACAAGCCAUGCAGCGGCAAAAUGUGAACCUGUUUGGACGUACACAGUGCGAGUCCUACGCGAUAAAUGCGCAGUUUAGGGGAAAUUAGAGGCCGUCUGCAGAGGACUUCUUCCUCCGGCCCACCCCACUCGCACGGGCACGGCCCAAUCGCUCCUGCUCCCGCGCCAGCUCCACCUAUUCCUAUCAUACGGGCAACAAGAAGCAAAUAAAUUGCAUCCAAAAUCCAGUCCAGACUUUGAACUUGCACUUGUGUGCGUGUGCGUGUGUGUCUGCCCGCGUGUGCAUGUGUGAGUGUGUGUACGGAAAACAAAAGAAAAGCCACCAAAGUGAUAGGCGAGAAGAAGCGAAAAUCAGCCCCGUUCCCGUGCCCCUGCCCCUUCGGAGUUAUCUACACAAAGACAAGAUGUUCUCCCCGCCCUGGCUGCUCCUCAUGGGCGCUUUGCUGACCAGCUCCAGUUGCGCCACCCCAAUUGAAUUGGGCAUGAAUAGCAGUUCCUCGAUUGGGGCCACCAACGCCGAGGCGAGCAAAUGGCAGCCGCCACCACCAGAGGCAGUAGCAACGACGACGACAACGACAAGGGCGCCAAUGGUGAAAGCAAACGAAACAGCUGGCCAGGCUUAUCUAACAAAAUCGCCGUCGCAAACGACGUUGUCCGCUGAUAACAGCAGGAGCCAUGACAGCAACAGCAACAACAAAAGCAGCCUCAACAAUAGCAACAAUGGCCACGGCUACGGCAACAACAGUGCAGUGGCUAUGCUGAUGCCGCAAGACGGCGAUGGAAGAGCAGGCGCCACGCCGUUGCCACCCUACGUGCCGCAACCGCAGAGCAGCAAGAAGCGCGACAAAACUGUAAAAUGUCACUGCGACAUCUGCAAGGAGACGAAUCACAUCUGCGAGACGGACGGCUACUGUUUCACGUCGGUGGAGAAGAAUGCUGACAAUAAGAUCAUCUUCAGUUUCAGAUGCCUGAACAUGUCGCAGAGCUUUCCGCCGGGCCGAUUCAUCUGGUGCAACGAGGGUCGCCAUGGCGGACCCACGGCACGGCCGGCAGCUCGCAGAGGCGGACACGCCUGUUGCAAUGAUCGGGACUUUUGCAACCGGCAGCUGCGGCCCGUCAUCAAGUACUAUGCACUGGCCACACCCACAUGGGAGGACGAUGACAGGGGUGGUGUCAUACGGCAGCAGCCGUCGGUCAACUUCGAAGAUUUUGUACCGGAACGCACUCUGAGCAGCUGGGAACUAGUCGGUAUCAUUGUGGGUGUGACCCUCGUCAUUUGUGUGACGGGUACGACCUCCUGGUACUACUACCAGCGUCGCAAGCGCCUGGCCACCGGCAGACCCUUCGCCAAGGAGGACUCUGUCUACGAUCCCAUACUGAAUGGCAACACCACCAUACACGACAUCAUUGAGAUGACCACAUCGGGGUCCGGUUCGGCUGGCCUGCCGCUUUUAGUACAGCGCUCCAUCGCACGCCAGGUGCAGCUUUGCCACGUGAUUGGCAAGGGGCGCUUCGGAGAGGUCUGGCGUGGACGCUGGCGUGGUGAGAAUGUGGCCGUAAAGAUAUUCUCCAGUCGCGAGGAGUGCUCCUGGUUCCGCGAAGCCGAAAUUUAUCAGACGGUAAUGCUCCGACACGAGAACAUUCUGGGUUUCAUUGCAGCGGACAACAAGGACAACGGCACCUGGACCCAGCUUUGGCUGGUCACGGACUACCACGAGAACGGAUCGCUCUUCGACUAUCUGACUACGCACACGGUGGACACCAACACAAUGCUAAACAUGUCCCUGAGCAUCGCCACUGGCUUGGCCCAUCUACACAUGGACAUUGUGGGCACGCGCGGCAAGCCCGCCAUUGCACAUCGCGAUCUCAAGUCCAAGAACAUACUGGUGAAAUCGAAUCUAAGCUGCGCCAUCGGUGACCUGGGCCUCGCCGUGCGCCACGUGGAGAAGGACGAUUCGGUGGAUAUACCCUCUACACAUCGGGUUGGAACUAAGCGCUACAUGGCCCCAGAGGUGCUGGAUGAGAGCAUGAACGCCCAGCACUUUGACUCGUACAAGCGGGCAGAUGUGUACGCCUUUGGCCUGAUCCUCUGGGAGAUUGCACGGCGCUGCAACAUGGGAAUGAUCUACGAUGAGUACCAGUUGCCGUAUUACGAUGCCGUGCAGCCGGAUCCCAGCAUUGAGGAGAUGAAGAAGGUCGUAUGUAUUGAGAAGAGUCGACCUAAUAUACCGAAUCGUUGGCACGCCUCCGACGUGCUCCACAACAUGGCCAAGGUAAUGAAGGAGUGCUGGUAUCCGAAUCCCGUGGCACGUCUCACGGCACUCCGAAUCAAGAAGACCCUCGCCAGCAUCAGUGUAGAGGACAAGGUCAAGAACUGAUUGUGGCUCUAGUUCCGGUUGCUUCAGUUGCCCGCCCAGUGGCGAAAGUGUCUGUACAUACGAAUGCGUGCGUGCGUGUGCGAGUGUGUGUGUGUGUGUUUGUGUAUGUGUGUGUCUACUCCAUGCAGCAGUAACCUGUAACCUGGCCCCGCGUGACCUUAAAUGUCGUGGCAGCGCCUGCGAAGCAGAUCCAGCAACCCGUUAAAAGAACAGAAAUACAAAGAAAGCUGUAAAUAUUAAGUGCUAACUAAUCCUGAGGGUAUUCAUUGCUUUGCUUUGUUUUUUGCCCACAAUGAGCUCGUGUUAUUCGUUUUGAGUUUUACCAACCAACCAACCAACCAACCACCCGCCCACCAUCCUCGACACUUGUACAUAGCCAACGUUGACAUUUCCCCUGAGAUUUACUUAUGUUGGGGCAGCGUGAGCAAAGCGGCACCCCAGAGCAAACUGCCGCACUGCCAUUGGUGCCACCAAUUAGGGACUAGUUAUACAUACAUACCCACAAUAUACCCCACAAAAAAAAACAAACAACGUAAAUAUAUUUUUUAUAGACCUUGUUUCAGAAACGAGACGACACAACAAACGAACGAAAAAAUACAGUAAAAGACUUUGCCAAGACUGAACAGCAGUGGAGAGCAGUGGAAGCUAUGCACAUAUAAUUAAUGUGAAUUGAAUACAAGACAACACAAAAUACAGUAGAUCCGAAUUGCAUGCACUUUUCGACUUCACCUUAUCAAAUAAAUAUACAAAGAAUCGACAACGAUGACAGGAAAAGCGUUUGGAGUAAGGAGAAAUCAACCAAUUUAGGCAUAGACCAACAGAAUCGUUGACCAAACUCAGGAAAUCUUAAAGUAAAUGUAAAAUUUAAACAUACAAAUCGGUGCGCCGCUUGCUCAUGCUUAGCCUGCCAUGCCCCAAAUGCUAUUGCUUUGCUGCAAGCUAAUUGUAUCACACAUACAUAUAAAUCGCUGGCUGAACUUGUAUACAAAAACUCACUUCAUCCACACCUCAUGGUCAUUUUGUUGCAUCAUCUCUGCACCACAUUUACAUUAGAUGCAUCAACCUUAUCGUACCCUUUUACCAUAGUCUUUUUGAUUUCUUUUCUGUUAUAACCAAAGCUUGUUCUUCCUAUUUUUCUGUAGUCACAUAGAGAUAAAGCAAAGUAAACAAAACAAAACAAAACUAUAUGCAUAUUACAAGAGUAUACAGUAAACUUUAUGUAUACAAUACCUAUACAUAUUUGAAUUGUGAACUAUGUAUAUUUUUGCAUUAACUGCAAAUUGUAAGAAACUCGAUGUUUCAUGAACAAACAAACCUAAGCCCAUAGUUUAAGUCUGUGAACAGAAGAGUUUUGCCUGUUCUAGAAUAUGUUUAACAUGUCCGAGCGUUUUAUUUGCCCCCCAUAAAAUGCCAUAAAGCUGAACGAGUCCAUUACCAAAUCUAUGAGAAUGCAAUAGUAGUUUCUACAUACCAAAAUAUUCCUCAAACCCCCGCCCCACACACAGUCCACACAGAUGCCCACACAAGCUGAGAGAUUAACGUAAUAAUUAAUUUAAACAAUUAAUUUCGAUGUAAGCUAAGCUACCACUAAGCAUUUUUACGAGUCUUGCCUGCAAGAUUGUAACUAGAAUUAUGAUUCUAUUUUAGAAACUACUCGUAAAUAUUAAACUAUGUAUUGUUACACUUUUGGCCUGCGAAAUUUCAUUUCCUAUAUUAGUUUCCUGUGCGAACGAACCAGUCUAAACAACAUACAUAUUUCAAGCCUUUAUACAAAACGCGUGCAGCGUACAUACAUUAUACAUACAUAUAUAGUACAUUUAUAUAUAUUUAGUUUAUAAAACUAUUCCUGUAAUUGUAUAAUCUGUAAAUAGUCCGUGGAGUGGAGCGUCUGUGAGUGCGAGUCAAACACAUAAAGCGAGAAAAACAUUCAAUGGAUCGUGUUAAAUGCUAAAUGUUUAACUGUGUUCUAAGCUAAGUUUAGGCCGAGACUUGUUUUCAAAAGACAAAUCCAUAAGACACCAAACCUCCGAUGGAGGUUCUUCCUACCGUCUACCACCUACCGUUUAACCCCCCCUAACCUUUGAUCCAAACCAAAAAAAAAAAACAAACAAUUAUCAUUGAACUGAGUU